AUGGAAUCAACAUCAUUUUCUAUUUCCAUCAUUUUUCUACAUUUUUUAAAUAUUUUCAAAAUUUAUUUUUUAAUGUUUGUAUUACACAUUUUUAAAGCUAGUGAAAUAUCGCAGUUGGUUGGAAAAGAUGGAACUCGUCCAAGUUCUAACUUGGACUCUUGUCGACUCCAUUCUUUUUACUCGAAUUUACCAUUAUAUCGCAAGAAAUAUGACUGGAACAUUCCUAAAUGGACUGAGUCUGACCUUGUAAAGCUCCACAAACUGGUACGUACAACUGUAAUUUUCCAUUUAUCCCAUAAAAUCGAUGAAUUAACCGACAAACUAACUUAUAUUGAGAAUAAAAAAGUCUCUGAUAUACUUAACCUUCUUACUUCCAGACUACUUUAUCUCAUUUACCUCAACUUUGAUUUCUCAAUACUGGCCAGAAACUUGGCUAAUCUUGUAAGAAGUGAUAAGUAUAACGAGUUUUUAAAUGGUUUACAUCAUUCCAGUGUUUACAAGGUGUUUGAGAACAUUUACUUACCUAACAGGCCUAAAUUUCAGGGAAUUGAUCUUUCUGUUUUCUGGGACUCAAUUGCCAGUUCCUUUAACUCUGAUCUUAAAGGCACUAUGGCUACCAAGUUGUCAACUGAUUGCUGUAUCAAAUUUAUCAACUCAACCAGCUCUGGUGUUCUUCUCACUGAUGUAUCACCUUCAGAUUUUCAAAGAAUUGAACAAUUUCUCACACAAACUCACAAUUCCAAUAAAAUAGCUAUAUAUAUAAUACCCCUAUUCCUACAAUUAUAUAACUGUGUAACUUGUGUUUAUAGGCAUGUGGAAAACUCAGUGUAUUUGGGUGUAUCUGUUUAUCAAUAUAUGAAGGUAUUUUUGCACAGGGCAAGGACACGUAACUGGUCAAGUCGUGAGGAUUCUAUUCUUCUGGAUCUUGUUUCCUCUACAACUUGCCCAUCUGACUCCUCACAAACUUCCGGACGAAUCAGCAUUCCAUGGCGCAAAAUCUCCUCCAAAAUCCCAGGAAAAAAUCCAGAACAGUGUAGACUAAGAUACCGACAAAUCUCCAACAGGAAAGUUAGUGAUUCACCAUUUAUGAAGAAGGAUUUGUUCAGAUUAAAGAUAUUGAUGAGUGCUUUUGGUCGAAAUUGGUCACGCAUUUCUGAACUAAUGCCUGGCCGUUCAGCUCGACAGUGUAGGGACAAGGUUCUUGAAUGCACUCGUUACACCAAAGACAACGCCAUUGAGUCACUUGAAUAUUUUAGGAACUUGUUGACUGAGUAUUCUUCUGUAGAAUCUUCAGAAUAUAUCCCUAACGUAAGUUUGGAAAGACCUAUGUUUGUUUCUCGGUACUGGAAACACUUUGACUGGCUUGGGAUUCACCUUUUUAAGGUCUUGGCCCUCACUCGAAAUGAACACCUACUCCAAAUUCUCCAUGAGUUUUAUUUUUCUGACGAGAUUAACCGACGAAUCAACCUAAGCUUUAAGCCAGAUCGUGCCCAAUACGUAACUGAAUGCACUGGUGUUCAAAUCUUCGCAGUCUCAAACUUUCUCCAACACAUUGCAGCUCAACAAGAUGACACAAACUAUGAAAAGGUUAUCAACAUCACUCAAUCGAUCGUUAAACUCAUGUUAAAAAGAAGUGCCAAAGGUGAGCAGCUGAAUUUUGAGAAUUUUGAUGAGCCAAAGGAAUUUGAACAUUUGAAAAAAUCGCUACUAAACAUUCUUAAAACACUCUGGCCUUGA